GUUGUCGCCAUCAUAUCUGGCUAAAUGUUGAGCUAGCCUUAAGUCAGUCAGCCGUUGUGUUCGAGGAUAUAAAGUUAAUUGUAUUAAUAACUUCUCUGUGUUUCUUCUGUCGAGGGUUUUCGAACUGCUAAAAUGUUAAUAAUCAGUAAACGCGUCUAGGGCUGUUGCCGUGUUGUGUAGUAGACUUACUUUAGCACUGGCUAAUUUUCAGAGCAGACAUUAGCAGGGCAGGAGUCUUCUUGAGAAGCAGCAAGGGGCGGUGGGCUGCUAAAGCUCCCGCUAGCUAGCAGCGCCGACCUGGCUAGCAAGUAAGCUGGCCAGCAAGUAAAACAUCGAGAGACAUUGGAGAUUUAUGUGAAUAAAGCCACGACUUUGAACGUUGUUACAUGCUCGCCGGUAGUCUCUGCUGCUAUCUCCUGUUUUAAAGUCAGUAACGGACCGCAGCCAAGGAGCUAGCUUAGCGGCGUCACAAAGCUAGCUGCAACUCAGCUGAGAAUCCAAGAAGAUUUAUAGCUAACAAAGCUAACUGAAUAAUAAACCGGGACUGAUCAGCGGCAGUGGGGUCUGUUAAACUGGAGCUGCAAUCGUCACAUUUCCUGUCUUCAACACCCGGCUGCUGGGCCUGACAACUAAGAGGAUGUCGGAGGGAGAGAGCAAGCAGGCCCCGGACACUGUCCAGGACAUGAAGCCGGAGUCCGCGGCAGCUGCCCCCGCAGGUCAGGGAGUAUCAUCCGUGUCACCUCCAGUGUCCAUGGUGACCCAGCCUCCAGCUACUGCCGCUACAGAGGAUGAGGAAGAGGAGAGUGAAGAUGAGUCAGAGAUCCUGGAGGAGAGCCCGUGUGGACGCUGGCAGAAACGCAGGGAAGAGGUGAAUCAGCGCAAUGUUCCUGGGAUCGAUAAUGCUUACUUGGCCAUGGACACAGAGGAAGGAGUUGAAGUGGUGUGGAAUGAGGUCAUGUUCUCAGAAAGGAAGAAUUUCAAACUGCAGGAGGAAAAAGUCAAAGCUGUUUUUGACAAUUUGAUCCAACUGGAGCAUCUAAAUAUUGUGAAGUUCCACAAAUACUGGGCGGAUGUGAAAGAAAACAGAGCCAGGGUGAUUUUCAUCACUGAAUACAUGUCCUCAGGGAGUCUGAAACAGUUCUUGAAAAAGACAAAGAAAAACCACAAGACCAUGAAUGAAAAGGCCUGGAAGCGCUGGUGCACACAAAUCCUGUCUGCUCUCAGCUACCUGCACUCCUGUGAACCUCCCAUCAUCCAUGGCAACCUGACCUGUGACACCAUCUUCAUCCAGCACAACGGCCUCAUCAAGAUAGGCUCAGUUGCUCCGGACACCAUCAAUAACCAUGUGAAAACCUGUCGGGAAGAACAGAAGAGCCUUCACUUCUUUGCUCCAGAAUACGGAGCUGUUGCCAAUGUUACCACAGCUGUGGAUAUCUAUUCCUUUGGAAUGUGCGCCUUAGAGAUGGCUGUGUUGGAAAUCCAGAGUAAUGGAGAUUCGUCUUAUGUGUCUCAAGAAGCCAUAAACAGUGCCAUUCAGUCCCUCGAGGACCCGCUACAACGGGAGUUUAUCCAGAAGUGUCUGGAAGUGGACCCCUGUAAGCGACCCACAGCCAAGGAGCUGUUGUUUCAUCAGGCCUUGUUCGAGGUGCCCUUACUCAAGCUGUUGGCUGCACACUGCAUCGUCAGCCAUCAGCACAUGAUUCCAGAAAAUGCUUUAGAGGAGAUGACGAAGAACAUGGAUCCUAACUUGGUGAUUGUUGAGGCCAAGGAGGGAGUUCAGAUGAAGCUCUCCCAGUUUCCUGCCCUUGAGCUGGACAAGUUCUUGGAAGAUGUAAGGAAUGGGAUCUAUCCUCUGACAGCUUUUGGGAUGCCGUGUCCUCAACAACCCCAGCAGGAGGCGGUGAAGUCACCCAUAGUGCCCCCCUCAGUGAAAACCCCCACUCCUGAACCUGCAGAGCUCGAGACCAGGAAGGUUCUUCAGAUGCAGUGUAAUAUUGAGCCUGUGGAUGAAGGCACCAAGCAUCAUCUGACCCUGUUGUUAAAACUAGAGGACAAACUGAACAGGCACCUAAGCUGUGAUUUGUUACCAAAUGAGAACGUGCAGGAGCUGGCUGUGGAGCUCGUUCAGCUGGGGUUCAUCAGCGAGGGCGAUCAGCCACGGCUUGCAUCUGUUCUUGAAGAGGCCUUCUCAAAGUUCUACAGCCGGAAUGGUUCUCUCAACCCGGUGACUGUUUCCUCGUAGCAGAGGACUCAUUCGGCCUUCUUUCAGCCCUCCUCGUCCUCUACGUCAGGACUAGCUUUUUGCUCCACCUCUGAGUUGCAGGAGAGCUUUGUGAGGACGGAGGAGGGAAGCCUUGGUCUGAUUGCAGAUCCUGCAGCCUGUUGUUGUAUCUUCUGGUGGGGAAAACUGCCACUAAGUGGUUGUCGCUUUCUAGCAUUUUAUUUUCUCCCUCCCACCCAAUACAGCCAUCUGCUUCUCUUGUAAAAGAGGAAAUUCUAGUCCCAACUUAAAGGAAAAUGCAAGAUGUUUUCACUCUUUGGCUUAUUUCUUUCACUUCUGGAAAAGUGAAGAAAUGAUGGAGGUAAGCCAAAUAAAACUGAUAACAGCAGUUUUAUUUUCUUUAAGUCAGUAUUAAAACUGUAUUUUAAACAUUUUUACUUAAACUGUUAAAUAGUUGUCUGUAUGGAAAAAUAUCUUGUCCCGGCAUACUGAAGUGUAUGUAUUCUGGUGUUGUACGGUUAAGUCUGGUUGUCUGGUCCUUUUAAAACUUUCUCUUGAACAGCAAGUGAAGCAUCUUCCUACCUUAAGACUCAAAUUCAUCCAGUGUGUAAUGCAACAGAUGUAACGUCACUUUUAUUUUCAAAUUCUGUAAUUAUACAACCUUCAGCUGCAACACAAUCAAAAGAACAGCUAAAAGAUAAAAAAAUCAAACUAUU